AUGACAGUCACCUCAGCUAUUCAGCGAGCUCCAGUGCUCUUCAUGUCUCAUGGUGGACCGCCCACCCUGUUCGACACUUCUCAUCCAGCGCACAAAUCCUGGGUCAACACGGGCUCGGACCUGUCCAAAUUGCAACCGCGCCCAAGAGCCAUCCUUGCCAUCUCUGCUCAUUGGGAGUCUGAAGCACGGUCCAGCGGUGAUAAGCCCACAAUUCAGGUCAACAGCGAUGCAGCCAAUCCCCUCAUCUAUGAUUUCUACAAUUUCCCAGCACAUUACUACGAGCAAAAGUUCCCCUCGAGCAAUCCGAGCUGGCUUUCCGACCUGAUUUUGAAACAUUUGAACACGACCAGCUUUGCGGGUGAAGGAGUGUCACGGGGACCAGACCACGGAGUGUGGGUGCCCAUGCUCGCUGCGUUCCCCAAGGGUCUCACAGGUGCGAAUGAUAUUCCGCUCGUCCAAGUCAGUCUGCCUCGACCGACGGGCAACUCACUCAAAGAUGCACAGCAAGCUCUCCAGCUAGGGGAAGCACUGCGUCCCUUGCGCGAACAAGGCAUCUUGAUCUUUGCUGGAGGACAAGCUGUUCACAAUCUCGGGGGCUUCAGAUUAGUCAGAUCUGGCCGACCGUACGAAAAGCCCACAUACGCUGCCGGAUUCUUGCAAGCUUUAUCAGACGCCAUUGUUCCUGCUUCUGGAACAGACGAUGCAGCGAAAGAACGUGCCGUUCAGCUUACUCAAAGGCAGGAGUACAAAUUGUGCCACCCUACAGACGAGCAUUUCUUGCCCCAUCUCGUCGCACUCGGCGCCACGUAUGAGGGAGAAAAGGGCACAGAGUCACUCAGGCUUGAUGAGGGCUUCCUUGGCUGGACGAUGUACCGAUGGAAUUGGCCAUGA